ACGGCAAGAUGGCCACUUCCAUGGAGAAGUUGAAGAAGUGUCCCGGGUUUUGUUCACGGUUUUGGGGGGUUUCGGGGGGUCUUCUGGAACAUGUGAGCGUGAGUGUAGUUUUGGUUCUGGUUCUCGCUCUGGUGGAGCGAGGCAGCGGGAAUAAUAACGCCUACGAGCCCGAGGAGUUCCUGAAGCGGGAGUACUCGCUGACCAAGCCGUACCAAGGUCUGGGCUCUUCCAGUUCUUCCCACUGGGAGUUGUCGGGAAACGCCAUGAUCACCCCCGAACACGUGCGGCUGACCCCGGAUCUGCAGAGCAGACAGGGGGCCGUCUGGAGUCGCAUUCCGUGCUACAUUAGAGACUGGGAGCUCCAGGUUCAUUUCAAAAUCCACGGCCAGGGCAAGAAGAACCUCAACGGUGACGGUCUGGCCAUAUGGCUGACCAAAGAGCGCAUGCAAGCAGGCCCCGUGUUUGGGAACAGGAACCUUUUCACUGGUCUGGGCAUAUUUGUAGACACCUAUCCCAAUGAAGACAAGCACCACGAGAGGGUCUUUCCCUACAUCUCGGCGAUGGUGGGGAACGGAUCGCUGGCCUACGACCACGACCAGGACGGAAGGAACGCGGACCUGGGCGGCUGCACGGCUUCCGUCCGCAACGUCGACCACGACACGUUCCUGUUGGUCAGAUAUAUGAGGAACACGCUGAUGAUCAUGGUGGACGUAGAAGGCAAGCAGGAGUGGAAAGAGUGUCUGGAAGUCCCUGGUGUCCACCUGCCUCAGGGAUACCACUUUGGAGCCUCAUCAGUUACUGGAGACCUGUCAGACAAUCAUGACCUGAUCUCCUUCAAGCUGUUUGAACUGACAGUGGAGAGGAGUCCCGAGGAGCUGGAGAACGAGGAGGAGGUUCUGAUACCCAGCGUGGACUACAGAGACGUCCCUGUGCACGUGGUGGAUGAAGGUAUGAGCACACUUACGCUGUUCUUCCUGUUCGUCUUCUCCGUGGUCGGGCUCGUCCUGCUCAUCGUGGUGGCACUCAUCAUCUACCAGCGCUGGAAGGACCGCAGCCGCAAACGCUUCUACUGAGAGAACGAGAGGUUUAAUAUGAGAGUGAGUGGUUUAAAGACUGAGCCCAUUCUGAAGUCUCUCCUCACUGCUGCGACAAACUGACAUUACCUCUGAAGCCCAAACUAGACAAAGAGCCAUAUCUGACCUCUACUGAGAGAAACCAGCCGUUCUCCUCCCUUUCAGUUGCUAAUGAUUUAUAGCACGUUACUGUGUGAAGACGAGAGAAAGAAUAUUUGUGUGCGAGAGGAGAGAGAAAGACGGGUGACUGUCUCUCCCUGUUCAGUUUUCAUGAGUUUUGCACUUGCCCAAUCCCCUUGAAACGCGUUUGUGUGGUGUUGGUGUUGGAGUCGGAGUCGAGGCGAGAUAUAUGCAGUUUUGUUUUUGUUUUUUUUUUUAAGCGGAAUUCAACAGAUUUUUCAAAAUGUAUGCAGAAUUUAGUGGUUGAUUAUGUAAACAUUCAUUCAGAGCGGUUUGGUGUGAAAUGAUUCAUUGUAGAGACUGAUUUCUUCACAGUGGUGGUGAUGGAAACCAGGGGUCACCAUGACUAGAACACAAAUACAGACGUGUUUGCUGUCCAAAACCACCACUGACCCUACACGAGACUUCGGAGUUCAUAUAUGUAAAGUUGAUGAUGGUAAAUUGUUUUCUUUGGGGACUACUUUCUUUCACAGUGCCCUGCAUUGUAUGUACCAUUAAUGGAUUUUUAAAAACUACAUUUUACCAGAGAUACAUUCUUGGCUGAACAAAGAAACUGGAAAUAAAUAACCGUUUACAUAAGCAGAAAAUAGUUGGACACAGUCAGCAUUUUCACUGUUGAUCUGCUACAGCUCGGACAGUUUGAAUGCAUUUGUAUUGAGCAGCACAGGAUUUAAAACACCCUGGUUGACUUCAGCGGGGGUUAAAUAAAAUGGAAUAAUAACGCUGGAGGAACAGAAGUAAAUGUAAAUGUAUAUCCAACAGACGUUCAGUAGGUGGAGUUAAGUGAAAGGCAGUAAUCCACCCACCCAAUUCACUGUUGUAGCCUUAGUCCUCUGUAAUCAAAAUGUUUAGAGCGCCUGUGAGGGCUCAAAUCGCUGCUUCGCAUUUUCAUUGCCAUUUAAAUUUAAUUACCGCUCAAAGUCUACAAUUUUAGCAACUUGUUGGAGGCCUAUUUAACUUUUUGUGGUCCGAAAAAAAAUUUUUUGACCAUUUUGGGCAGAACAUUUUAAAAUUGCUGACAUUUCUGCACUUUCACAGUCAAAAUUCUCAAGUGUCUCCGACACCAGCCAGUGUAUUCCUGUCCAUUGCACGUAGUAACUUUCUAUGAGGGAGCUUUUAGAGGUGGACGUCUGGUUCCUAUCACCACUGUGAACAAUUCUGACUCUUAAGGUUCUCUAGACCAGAGCGUUUCACACCAGACCAAACCGCUCUGAAUGAUUCACGUUUCCUGCAAAAUCGUCAUUAGAAUUCCCCUUUUAGUGCUGUCCUGUUAGAAUGUGUGAUUUUUCCAUACAUUUACACAAUAUGAAAGGAUUUCAACAGAAAUUGCUGCUCUUCCGAAGUUGCUCCCCAUUUUCAGUGUGUUUGGAUCUGCUGGAUGCUGUUGUUGUGGGACUCGUGAACAAAACCAGUCACUGUUGAUCUUUAGCGCUGUCUUAGCCUGGUUUAGCUGGAGUUCAUGUUUUGAUACCAAGUACUAAACUUUAUCUUCUUGCCUUUUAAGUGUUGAUACCCUCUCGAUCUUUGGGAAAAAAUAGCAAUACGUUGUUUAUAAGGCUACAUGACGCCUACAUAACCCUCUCUUGACAACUUGCCUAAACCUCUAUACACAAUAAAGGCUUUUCCCAACAUUUAUUGGGAUGUAAUUGUUGGAAUAAGCGUUUAUGUAGAUGUCAUGAAGCUUUAUGAAUGUUUUUGUUUUUGUUCUAACAUGUUUUGUUUUCAAGAAAAUAAGUGCACUGAAUUCUGGGUAAUUGUGCUUAUGCUUGUUCCAGUCCUGUUAAGCGUCCAUUUGUCUUUUUGUUUGUGAUUAAUCGCUUAAAAUCAGCCAAUCGCAGGAAAGCACUAGAUCAGGUUUUGUGCUGGAAAUGCGAUGCAGUGAUGACUUGAUGGCACGUGGUCAUCAUAUGAUUAUAACGUUUUAAAUCAAUGCUGUGAAUACGUGCGAUUGGAUUAGUUGGGUGGGGCGGGCAGGGUUUGCUGGAUUAUAGGGGCCUUUGGCGGGACGUUAUGCGGCGCAGUGAGAACAAAUUCAUCCAGCGUGAUGCAGAAACAAAACUAUGGGGCCUUAUUUCUGUGCUCUGCUUGCACAAAUCGCAUGAAGUGAAAGAAUUUUGCUGUUUUUCUUAAUUAGAGGAAGAGGUUCUGCUGCAAGUAUUAAAGGAAUAUUUCAACACUUCAACUUGAUCUCUAUCCGCUGCGACUUUGGUUACUAAAAACGAUUAUUUACACCAACUGGAAGCCAAUAGGCAGUGGCUCAGUUCUCAGAAUAAACAUUUCAUCAUGCAAACUUAAAACUACAACUGUAAACGUUUAAUAAUACACGAUUUAGGAGGAGAUGACAGAGAAUGUCUUACCAAAGCUGAUUUUAUGACGUUUUAUCCAACUUUCUAACGCUAAGGUAGUUCUGGUUACUUUCACAAAGGUCUUUUGUAUCCAUCGUGAACAAGCUGCAACCAUGAAUUCUUCCCCCUGGGAAAACUAGUCCCAUCUCUAAAAGAACAAAUUCAGAUUUACAGCCUAAUUUACAAAUAACUUUGACUAAAAACUGUUAUAAAAGUUUCCUGACUGACUAAAGCAACUGCCCAUUGACUUGAGU